UCGUUUUUUUUCACCACAUUUGACCGAAACUUAAACCCCAAAUAUCGUGAGUUAUCCCCAAACUCCCAUUCUCCCCCAAAUCCCUAAAAUUCCCCAUUUCCCCAAACUCGACCGGUCGGUCUCCUCUGCUGUAUCACGUCUCCGUCGGUCUCCUCUGGCGUUGCUUCUUCUUCUUCCUGUCUUGUUCUGGUUGAGAAGCAGGUGUUCUCCUUGUUUGUCGUUUACGAAUAUAAGGUUCAUUUGAAGAUCAGACAUCAUCCAUGUCGAUGACUCUGUGGAUCUUGUAAGGUAUUUAGAGACUAUUAGUGCAGAGUUAAGGUUAAAGGUUAAGGCAUGGCUUGCAGAUGAAAAAGAUGUUCGCCCCAUGAUUGCUAAUGAAUACGUCUCUAAUUCCAUCAACCUGUGUGUUCUCCCCGUUGUACUUUGGUUGUUAUAUCCCAAUAUAAGAUUGUGGUGGGUCGUAUGGGGACUGAAAUGCUCACCAAUGAAGCCAGUGAAGUUACCAGUCAUUUGCAAGGCAUGUUUACUCGGACAAUUCGGCUUCUUGAAGCUGGGCUUAAACCUGUCUAUGUUUUUGAUGGGCAGCCUCCAGAUUUGAAAAAACAAGAGCUUGCUAAGCGUUACUCAAAGAAGGCAGAUGCUGCUGAGGAUUUGCAAGAAGCCAUGGAGGUAUUUUUCUUUGGUCACACAUGGAGUGAUAAGAUUUCUUUUGUUGUUUCACCACUACGGAAAAUUAAGGUGCUGUUGUUUUUAUUAUUAGACUGGAAAUAAGGACGACAUUGAAAAAUUAAAUAUGUAGCCAAAAUUUUGUCACCUGUCAGUAGUAGAUACUGCUAGAGUUCAAUUAAUUCAAAGCUACAAGAAAACGAAAGCGUAUGUAUAAUAACCGUAUUUGUAGUACUAAUUUUUGUUAUAUAAUAAUGAAAAGAAUAUAUGUUCUUUUCCUGUGUAAUGAAA